UACGUUUUGUUUUGGCCAGACGUCUUCAGUGGAAACUUGCAAAGUGCAACAAUAAUUCCAGUAAAGAUAUGCGUCUCUUACCGUGUAUAAAGUCUUAUGACGAAGGAGUCGAUCACUCAAAGCAGAUAGACAGAGAGAUUAAAGAAUGGAUCAAGACAUAUAAUGAGGCAAUCAAACUUCUACUCUUGGGAACAGGCGAGAGUGGGAAAACGACUAUAAUCAAACAAAUGAAGAUCCUUCACGUAAAAGGAUUUAGUCACAGUGAACGAACAGCAAUGAUCCCACAUAUUAGGUUUAAUACACACGAGGCGAUCUACGAGAUAAUACACAACAUGCCGGUGCUCAGUAUAGGCUUGCAGAAUACUAAACACGUCCGUUCACAGCAGUAUCUAUUGAAAGUCGGCCCUGAAGGACCACAGGAGUACACUGAGGAAUAUUUUGAUAACGUUCGAGAUCUGUGGCAGGACGCAGGAGUAAGAGAAUGUUUUAGAAGAGCCAAUGAAUAUCAAUUGAUUGACAGUGCUGAAUAUUUUUUAGAUAGAAUAGAUCUGAUCGGCAAAGAGGAUUAUGUGCCAUCGGACGCGGACAUACUGCGCUGUCGGCGUAAAACCACAGGAAUCCAGAAAAUUGAGUUCAAAGUGAAGGUUCCAAAAUCGAUGCACGGCGGUACACAAGACUUCUGGAUGUUUGAUGUCGGCGGCCAACGAGGGGAGAGAAAAAAAUGGAUUCAGGUAUUCGAAGGUAUCCACGCGAUCUGGUUCGUGGUUGCGUGUAGUGACUUUGACCAAACAUUACGAGAAGACAAUUUACAAAAUCGGUUAAAAGAAGCCCUUAUUCUAUUCGAAGAUGUCUGGCAAAGCAGGUUCCUCCUCGAAGCUGGUAUUAUCGUGUUCCUCAACAAACAGGAUCUGUUGGAGACGAAGAUCAAACAAGGACGAAGUAUAGCUCCUUACUUUCCCAAAUAUAACCAUUUCGAAGCCUCAGGAGACGAGUAUACCAGAACAAAACUCUUUAUUAGAAGUCUUUUCGUGAAUUUGACAACAAAGAAGAGAGAACGUCGCCAUAUCAUAGCAUCAGCGGAGAGGUUCGUAGUUCUGGAGGCGAGCAGAGCACGUGAAUGUUACUUCCAUUUCACCACCGCCACUGACACACACAAUGUGCGCACCGUCUUCCGCGAUGUGCACCAGAUGAUACUCACACACAUACUCAGCAAUAUCGGCGUCUACUGACAACGGUCUACUGGUCUACUCAGUACUAGUAUGUCUACUGACACAAACCCGGUCUAUAAGUCUAGUGGCACUCACCUGGUGUAAUAAUCUACUGACAACGACCUGGUCUACUCAGAACCGGUCUACUACCGACCCAUUCUACUAGUCUACUGGUUAAGUGAUUAGUCUACUAACGAACUCGGUCUACUAACACCGACUUCAUCUACUGUUCUACUGAUACUGAUUCGGUCUACUGGUCUACUUGUAGAUAAUACAAGUAGCCCAGACUGGUUUAUUAAUGUGUGUCUUGCAAUAGACAUUGCCAAGUAUUCAUUUGGAGAAAUAUUAAUUGUACUUAAGAUACUAAUAAAUGCAAAGUAAUAAUCUCUGAUUAAGUUAUUUCGCUUAUUCUUAAAUCUGAUUGUUGAAUGAAUUUAAAAUUAAGUUAAA